AUGUCGGCGGGCCGUACGGGAACAAUGCUCCAGGACCCUCACCGGGACCAGUCUGCUGCAAAUAUUCGCACAAGCCAUUUCCUCAAGAAAGUAUCUAACAUUCGCACACCCAAACGCAAGAACAGCGACAGCAAACAGUUGGAGGUAUGCGAACGCGGCGCACGUUCCAUGGACCUUGGCUCGAAGGAUUUUGCAAUGCUGAAUAACCAACACGCUACAUUGCGUGUCAACAGAGGAGAGUCCCCUGUUCGCUAUUCCUCAGAGACCGCACCCGAAUCGAGAAACUGGUUGCGAGUCGGGAGGUCGAUGACAGAAGGGUUGCCAGCCAACGUCACUUCACCCCUAGCAGACUCUACCCCAGUACUACAUUUGCGAAGCGUUUCAGAUAGUACGCCGCCUUUGUCUCGUGCUCGCUCGCAGGAUCUCGUGGAGCAGAUAGGGUCGAUACAGCCAAGGGAUGGAUUUUCCAGCGGCCGCGGGAAAGGCGCUGCGGUUCCCGAUCUGGAGGCCGACCCCGUGCCUUCAGCUCCCAAUGUCAACUUGCCUAUUCCUGCUGCGGAGGACGACGAUGAAAGCUUGGCCGUCGUGCCCGUGCCGCCAAUCAUCGUGGACCCGAGUGACGACGGGCCAGAUCCAACCGCUUUGGCAAGCAGAGCCUCGCCGCCGACGUUGACACUGGACACGAGCGGAUUUGGUCCUGCUAGCUCGCUAUGGAGUUCUUCUAGUGAAGUGUCGCCAGGCUUGUCCGGCAAACGCGACCUCGCCCCGCGUCUCGCGACGCUCCCGCCUCCUAUGAUGGCGAGCUACACCGCCAAGGGGGCUGCGCGGUUGACGCCGUCGAUUAUUACGCGCCAUCCACCGAUGCCUAUCCUCAAUCUGCCCACUCUUCCGUCGAUCACGCCUACGCCGCCUGUUCGUGAGCAAGCACCGCUGCGGAGUAUCCCCGCGUUGCCCAUGCGUGGCCCGAGCGAGACAGAGCGGGAAGGUGAUCAAGAAGGAGAUGGACUCCUGGAGGAGGACGAGGACGAGGACGAGGGGUACGACGACGCGAGCCCGGGAAUACGAGAGCCCGACGCUGGGGCGAGCGACGAGGAUGACGCCGACGAGUCGGCCGAUAUGACGUCGCCUGCGUCACGUGUCCCCAGGUCUGCCGAGCAGCGUCAGAUCGACUCGCAUUUGGGCGUGUCGACGGAAGUCACCGAGAGGCCUAACCGGGCGAGUGUUUACCUUACGCCGCGAGCCUACAGCGGCCUGCCCGCUGCUCUCACCCGCCCUGGUCCCUCCUCUGUCGCAUCCGACUAUUUCUCAUCCAAGAAAUCAGACCGCGACUCGGAGCGCAGCUCUUCUCCUACACGCACACCCCGCCCCUCCGACUACAUUAACACGCCAUCCCUCCGCACCCCUGUGGUGGGGAAUGGACCACAGAUCAUACCAAUGCCGAAUGGGUCUCCAAGGCCUGGCCUAUAUCAGUUCGGAUCCCGUAGCAUGGUCGAUCUUCUUUCGACGAAGGGCAAGGACAAGCUGGCAUCACCGAUAAUUGGGGCCGACUCUGUUAUGCAACGGCGGAGAAGCAAGCUGCCACCAGGCCCACCCCUUGUCGACGAAGAUGCGAGUGGUGCUCCUAGCGUGCAGGUCGAACCAGAAGAAGACGAGUCCCCCGCGUCUCCUACUCUUCGGCGACAACGUUCACUACCCACGUACAAGAUGUCAUCUAACCCACCUCCUUAUCCGUCUUUCCAUCCUCGACGUGGUCCGGCAAUACAACCGCGCGACGAGGAAGGCAAGGAGCGUCUCCCUUCUUACUCGAACUCAAUCCACCUUGCGGUUGUCAUGCCCCGCAAGCUAGAGUUCACCGCGCCGGGCAUCCAGGCGAAAGAUAGGAAAUGGCGCCGAGUGCUCUGUGUGCUUGAAGGCACUGCCUUCAAAGUGUACAAGUGCCCGCCUGGUGCAGCUGGUGUGAGUGCCAUUGAGGAAUGGUGGGAGAAGAAGGUCGGCGUGGGCGACAUUACCGUCUCACAUCCGGCAGCCGCAGCGCAGCCUGGCAUCAGGGUAAGUGCGGUACGAGGUCGGACCACCGAGGCGGAGAGUCAGACGGAAAGACCACGAAAGGCCGAUAAUCCUGACGACACGCCCUCAACGCCGAUACCUGAGAAUAGCCCACCUCUAGUGCACCCCCCGCCUCCACUACCACCACCGCCUUCACGCUCGAAACUACAUAUUACCAAUUUGCUUCAUCCUUCGCGAUCAAGUCACUUCAAGAAUUCGGGCGCGACAGCGACUGCGCGGACGAGUUCAACAAGCAAUCGUUCGACAUUGUCAACGAGCAGUCGGUCCAGUAACGUCGAUUUACCGCGUCCCCGUGCGAGUAUGGAUCCCCUGCGAACAGACGACCAUUCGAUGAUAUCGGUGGUACCCCGGGCGUCGGUUGACGUUGCGCCGGCGCGCUCGAGUUAUGCCUCCACUACGCCUUCUCGCGUUUCUACUUCUAAUUCAUCUCCCUCCGCCACCGACAGCUCAUCCAUUUUUUCUCGCUCGCGGUUACUUUCUCCUUCCUCCGAUUAUUCACAGCCAAACUCGGCGAAGAGCGUUGUAGAGCCGUCGCCAAAAGAUCUUCUGCGCGCGUACACGCUUCAACACGCAGAGAGCGGUCUAGCGAGCGACUACCUGAAGCGGAAGAACGUAAUCAGGGUCCGUGUGGAAGGCGAACAAUUCCUUCUGCAGGCUCAAGACGUGGCCUCUGUCAUUGAGUGGAUCGAGGGCAUACAAGCUGCCACUAAUAUCUCCCUUGAUCUCGACGAACGUCCGAUGCCAAGAGGCCCUAUGUUCCCAAGACGUCGCCGACGAAGAGCUCGUACUGUCGCUGCUAGUACAGAGAUACCACGUAGCUCCGUCGCCGACGCUACGCCAACGAUUCUCUCAACACCCGCAUGA